UUAGUUCAUAAUUGUUUGACCAAAUUUAAAGGAUAUGCUGACGUUGACACAAAAGGUGGGGUCUCUCAGACUAUAAACAACGUGGACAUAUUAUUCCAAUCUUACUUUGAUGCUCAUUCAUUUAACAUAUUUGUAUGCAUCCGUUUUCAACUCUCAAAGACUGUGGUGGAGAAUCCAACAAUGCAGACCAUGGAUAUUGAUGAUGACACGUCUCCCAACAAGCCCAGUGUUACAUUUGCAGCUAAUUUUCAUUGGUGGAAGAGACCCUCUGGAAUUGCUGCAGUGUGUCUCGGGCUGCUGUGUGUUCUCCUAUUGGCUGGGAUCAUAGGCCUGUUUGUCUACUAUGGCGUCAUCGAUCAUCACUACUCAACAGAGAGAGACCAACAGACCAGUUACAGCCUUCUGACUAAAGAAGGAGAUCAGCAACCAACCAGUUAUAAUAACUUGACUAAAGAGGGACAACAGCUACAGACAGGUUACAACACCCUGACUAAAGAGAGAGACCAGCUACAGAGCAGUUACAACAACCUGACUGAAGAGAGAGACCAGCUACAGACCAGUUACAACACCCUGACUAAAGAGAGAGACCAACUACAGAGCAGUUACAACAACCUGACUGAAGAGAGAGACCAGCUACAGACCAGUUACAACACCCUGACUAAAGAGAGAGACCAGCUACAGACAGGUUACAACACCCUGACUAAAGAGAGAGACCAGCUACAGAGCCGUUACAACAACCUGACUGAAGAGAGAGACCAACUACAGACCAGUUACAACACCCUGACUAAAGAGAGAGACCAGCUACAGAGCAGUUACAGCAACCUGACUGAAGAGAGAGACCAGCUACACACCAGUUACAACACCCUGACUAAAGAGAGAGACCAGCUACAGACCAGUUCCAACACCCUGACUAAAGAGAGAGACCAACUACAGAGCAGUUACAACAACCUGACUGAAGAGAGAGGCCAGCUACAGACCAGUUACAACACCCUGACUAAAGAGAGAGACCAGCUACAGACAGGUUACAACACCCUGACUAAAGAGAGAGACCAGCUACAGAGCAGUUACAACAACCUUACUGAAGAGAGAGACCAGCUACAGACCAGUUACAACACCCUGACUAAAGAGAGAGACCAACUACAGAGCAGUUACAACAACCUGACCGAAGAGAGAGACCAGCUACAGACCAGUUACAACACCCUGACUAAAGAGAGAGACCAGCUACAGACAGGUUACAACACCCUGACUAAAGAGAGAGACCAGCUACAGAGCCGUUACAACAACCUGACUGAAGAGAGAGACCAACUACAGACCAGUUACAACACCCUGACUAAAGAGAGAGACCAGCUACAGAGCAGUUACAGCAACCUGACUGAAGAGAGAGACCAGCUACACACCAGUUACAACACCCUGACUAAAGAGAGAGACCAGCUACAGACCAGUUCCAACACCCUGACUAAAGAGAGAGACAAACUACAGAGCAGUUACAACAACCUGACUGGAGAGAGAGGCCAGCUACAGACAGGUUACAACACCCUGACUAAAGAGAGAGACCAGCUACAGAGCAGUUACAACAACCUGACUGAAGAGAGAGACGAGCUACAGACCAGUUACAACACCCUGACUAAAAAGAGAGACCAGCUACAGAAUAGUCUCGCAACCAAAACUAAGGAGAAAGACCAGUUGCAGAAUACUCUCACCACACGAACACAGGAAAGAGAUCAACUGCAGAAUAGUCUUAAUACAAAAACAAAGGAGAGAAACCAGCUACAGAGUAGCCUAAAUACCAGGACCACAGAGAGAGACCAGCUACAGAGUAGCCUAAAUACCAGGACCACAGAGAGAGACCAGCUACAGAGUAGCCUAAAUACCAGGACCACAGAGAGAGACCAGCUACAGAGUAGCCUAAAUACCAGGACCACAGAGAGAGACCAGCUACAGAAUAGCCUAAAUACCAGGACCACAGAGAGAGAUCAGCUACAGAAUAGCCUAAAUACCAGGACCAAAGAGAGAGACCAGCUACAAAAUAGUCUCACCACAAGGACCAAAGACAGGGACAAGCAACAAAAUAGUCUUAAAGUCAUGACUGCUGAAAGGGAUCAAUUAAAAAAGAAUCUUAACUCAAGGACUAAAGAGAGAGACCAGUUACAGAAUAGUCUUAAUACCAAAACUAAGGACAGAGACCAGUUGCGGAAUACUCUCACCACAAUAACUCGGGAGAGAGACCAGUUGCAGAAUAGUCUAAAUAACAGGACCAUAGAGAGAGACCAGUUACAGAAUCAUCUAAAUACCACAACCACUGAAAUGAACAAGUUGAAGAAGAGUGUGGAGAAUAGAACUAUGGAGCGUGACCAGCUACAGAAGGAGAGGGAAAGGCUGAACUGUAAUAUCACAGGAUGGAGAAGGUUUGGCUGCAGCUGUUACUACCUCUCUACUGAGGAGAAAUCCUGGGAGGAGAGUAGACAGGACUGUCUGGAGAGAGGAGCAGAUCUGGUGAUCAUUAACAGUGAAGAGGAACAGACAUUCAUCAAUGGGUUUGAAUCAGUCACUUUUGCCUGGAUUGGUCUGACUGACUCUGUUACUGAGGGGACCUGGAAAUGGGUGGACGGAACCCCACUGACCACCCCAAGGUAUUGGAGGAGUGCACAUCCUAUUGGUAGUACACGCAUUAACUGUGCGUUCAUCCAUCUCAUGUCAUCAGGCCAUGGACAAUGGUGGAGUUUUAAUUGUUCCUCUUCAGAACAAUGGAUCUGUGAGAAAUAGGCUUCUCUUAGGUACUUUCUCUGCACUGCUGAUUAAUGAACUCUCUACUGUAUGUUAAUGAUGGUCUGAAAGACUGGUGUGAUUUGAUAGAAUGGUACUCUGAACUACAGGUCGGAGAGAAACACAUGCACACAUUCAGACACACCAACAUACAGGACCUGAACAAGAGUCUCCCACGGGAGAAAACAACACCUUUAUUAGACAAAGAGGAAAUUCUCUUUUGGUUCAAGAUACACUGAUUUUGAAAUCUCGGGAGGGGCUACUUCAUCACGUGACCAUGAGCAACCAAUCAUGACCAACUCAUGUUCGUUACACAAGCUGACACACAAUCAGAUAUCAAACAAUAAGGAUAUAAUAUCAUUCAAUAGCUGCUGUCAAUCAAGUUUUACAGUUUUAAAUGACAUUUUAAAAUGACUGUAUAUGUUUAUCAGGUAUGUUUGCUUCUUGGGCUUUUAUUAUUCUGAACAUAAACUGUGUACUUCCUGCUAAUUCAAUAAAUCAUUCAACCGAUAUUAAAGAUA